CAGUUUCAUGAAACGAUAUUAAUCACCAUUGGAAGAUACGGUGGUGGUCUACAAUCUCUAUAUAUCGGUUGCGAAAGUCUUGAAGGCAUAUAUAGCAUUGUUUUAGCACACACUAAAACAGAAAAAAGUUCCUAAUCUUCUAUAGAUUCAUGUGAUUGUAGGACGUUAAAAAAACUAAGCACCAAUGGAUUUGACAAAGGAAGAAUUAUCGAAAAAAUUCGAGUUGUCGGACGAUGACAUUCCUCCAUGGGCUACUUCAUUAUUUGAAAAGAUGAAGGCUGAAAUAUGCGCUGAAGUUCAUGCUAAAGUGGCUUACAGUAUGAGAAUCAUGCUUGACCAAUUUCAUGAAGAUCUGAAAUUGUCUUUGCAGUCCCUCCAGGUGCCAAUAAAAGAUGUUUGUUUUUGCCAAGAAGUUGACGCAAGAGAAAUGUGCAAAGAUAAAUAUGCAGUGCUAUGUGCAUCACAUCAUGUGAUGACAAAAGAAGAGAAAAAACGACUGAAGAGAGCAAAGAAAGGAAAAAAGAUCAAUAAGCAGCAGAAGAAUGUUAGCGAAUCAGAUACAGAUAAUGAGAAAAAUACAGAGGCUAGUUUUACCACAGUAACUCAUCCAAUACCUGCACAGAAGUAUGAUCCAACAAAGGCACCACCUGUGCCUCCCAGAAAGACGAGCCCAAAGAAGACUUCUGUUACUUCUCCUGUUUCCUCUCCUUCUGAUACCUUGAGUCAGCUAAGUGACGAGAUUUCACGUAACACGGAACUUCUAGUACAUCUAACAGACGGGUUGAAUAUGGAUCGACAAGAACUUAUAAAUGGAUCUGUAGAAACGUUGAACAUUGAAGAGCGUACUUUCCAGUUCCAGCUGUCAACAGACGGCCAGAAUGAGUUUGCCACGUCGCAAGGAGAAACGAAAGAAAGCUUGAACGAAGAAAAGUUGAACAAUCAGGCAAAUCCCGUCUCCGAAGCCGUUGAAACUGUGUUCAGUCCAUCAGACAGUGAAUUUGAGGUGAUUUCAAUGCCCCACAACAUUACAUCGGGCUCAAAAUAUACUCCACUGCCGGGGGACACGUCUGCAUUGAUGUCAGACUAUGAUGACAGCAGCAGUGACGGUUUUGAUUCUGAAACCGAGCAUGAAUUUAAAGACUGCAAACAGCCGUCGCUCGAUGUUUCCAGCAAUCUUCAACCGGGUGGCUCGCUGUAUCCAGACUUGGAGCUUAAAAAGAUGUCGCUUUCGCUCUUAUCGUCAACGACCUCUACACUUUUAGAUGGUUACGUUUCAUCGUGCUCUACUGAUGGCGCCGUUGCAGUGAAGUCGACGGUCAUAGAAAUUGAACGAGAAAGGUCUCCGUACUGCGUCCCACCAGAAGAUGUCGAAAAUAUCAACAGCCAGGAAAUAGUUCACAACCAGCCGCUGCCAUCAGAGUUCCUGCGUGAUCGUAAGCCAUACAGCCACGUUCCGUUAGAAGAGCCAAAACAAGCACCACCGCAAGCUCCGCAACAACAAACACAAGUCCCAAAAGUUUCUCAACCGUCUCAGCAAAAUCAACGAGACUCGACUUAUCGUGUAGAUAAUCUCCCAGAAUCUCUUUGGGAUGAAGCGCUGACUGUUGCUGCUCAGACUUAUAAUGCAGCUAAAUCAGCUGUUGGAACCUUGGCCGACACAUUCGUUCCUGGUGUUGCUGCUCAGGCUGUCGCCACAAACCCGCAGCCCAGAAACAGCCCAGUUCGGAUCCAGCCAGCAUACCGCGUGGAGAUGGCUGAAAAAGAACAGAAACUAUUCGAAAUGGGUUUUCUCGACCAUGGCCUCAAUGCAACUCUAUUAGUACGUCACAACGGCGACAUGGAUCGAGUUAUCGCUGAGCUGAUCGAGCCGUGAUUUUCGCCAGCGAACAAUAUAUUAAAGCUUUGCACUUUGUAAUACUUUUAACAAUUCUAUGUUCUUUCCUUUUUUCUUCUCAUUUGAUUCUUGAAUGGUAGUACGUAUUUACGGAAGAGGGACUGAUAUCCUACGGUGGCAGUGUUCCAGGGAAUCCAGAAUAAAUAAUCUCAUAUGAGAUGGUACGCUUUAUGAUAGCUUGAAAAAAAAAAAAAAAAAAAAAAAAAAAAAAUGCAGCCUAAAAGUCAGUUUUUGUGAUUUUCUUUGAAUUGGCGUAAUCGAAUAGCGUGUUUUUGCUUGUACCUUCUUACCAAUCCUUUGGCAUACAUCACCUUCUAUUGGCGUAGAAUAGUUAUCUUUAUGUAAUCCAGAAAUUUGUGAUUCUAAAAAUACAAACGUUACUUUAAAACAUGA